AUGAUACAAUUGCCGAAAAAUAAACCGAAUCCAAAGGAUACCAAGGACCUGUGCAAAUGCCGUCCAGUGUGCAAGAGUCGGAGACGCAAGUGGAACGGUGAAAUCCAGAACACAUCAGCGGAGCUGCUGCUGGAGAGGAAACCAUUACCUCUCUGCUAUAAGAGAUGGCCGACGAAAGUGUUCCCCAACAGUCCAUGCCCUCUGUUCGCGCGGACGCGAGGAGUGCAUGUGACGGAGCGCGGUGUAGCGCACGUGCCACAUGUCGUCAGGAUCUGCCAGGCUCCCAUCGAUGAAGACGUCGACACACCAUACCUGCGGUACGCGCAGAUGGCCAAGGCUAUGGGAGCACUGGGCGCCAUCAAAGCUUGUUGCGCUUUCUGUGAGUGUGGUGCCUGCUGUCCCUGCGGAGUCAGGGACUACGUGCUGCACGACGCUGAGCGCGCGGCGCGCUGCCGGUCCGACAUGCGCACGUUCGACGCACGCGUCAAGACCGACCAUCAGAGCAUGCGCAUCAUGUAUGACAAAAUGUAA